CUUCACCUUCAGGGCAACUCUCAGAGCAUGGGUCCCUCCUGAUUUCCCUCUGGCCCAAUGUUCCUCACGGUCAAGCUGCUCUUGGGCCGAAGAUGCAGCCUGAAGGUCUCUGGGAAAGAAAGUGUGGCCACACUGAAGAAACUUGUUUCUCAGCACCUGCAGGUGCCCGAGGAGCAGCAGCACCUGCUGUUCCGGGGCCAGCUCCUGGCUGAUGACAAACACCUCUCAGAUUACAGCAUCGGGCCCAAUGCUUCCAUCAACGUCAUCAUGCGGCCUCCAGAGGAGGCAGCGCUGGAUGAGACCCACCAACCCCAGCCCCUGUGGCUCCAGCUGGGCCAGGUCCUAGACAAACAUUUCGGGCCCAAGGAUGCCAAGGCUGUGCUGGAGCUGCUGAGGCAAGAGCAUGAGGAGCGCCUGCAGAGGCUGAACUUGGAAGCCCUGGAGCAGCUGGUGGGCCAGCUCCUGGCAGAGCAGCAGCUUGAAGAGCUGGCAGAGAAAAAGGAGGACCCGGCUGUCACCUCAGAGCUCCAACAAAAUGAGAAGCAGCAGGAGAAGAGGAGGCAGAAAAAGAGGAGGAUGAGGAGGAGGCUGACCGGCAAACUGGCCCAUCCUACUCUUUUGCCCACUAAACUUCCCCUGGACUGAA